AUGCCUACAAUCGAGGAAGUUACCGAGGACGUUCCAGAGACCAAGUCUGAAACCAAAGAGAAAACCUACGAUGAGAUGACUCCUGCGGAGCGAGAGGUUGAGGAUGCAAAACUCAAGGCUAGGGAGGCAGCAGAGCAAGCCAUGGAAACAAGAGCUAGAGAUUUAGAUAUCACCGUACCACUCCCCAAAGGCACUCGUGCUAGGGAUCUUGCCGUCAAAAUUCAGAAAAAGAAACUCGCUGCUGGGCUGAAGGGCAAAGAGCCUAUUCUCGAGGGUGAGCUAUGUCAAGAGAUCAAACUUGAAGAGAGUACUUGGACUGUUGAGGAUGCGGAAUUUCUUUGUAUCCACCUUGAGAAAGUCAACAAAUGGCAAUGGUGGGAGAACGUCCUCACCCACCAUCCCAAGAUCGACACACGCAAGAUUACUCCCAACAAUAGCAAAUUGAGUGACCUGGAUGGCGAAACUCGCGGUAUGGUCGAAAAGAUGAUGUACGAUAACCAACAGAAGCAAAUGGGCAAACCAACAUCGGACGAACAAAAGAAGAUGGAGGCUUUGAAUAGGUUCAAGGCCGCGCAUCCAGAAAUGGACUUUUCCAAUGCCAAGAUCUCGUAA